AUGGCUCAGUUAGCACCCAUUGAAGCUGGUUUAAGGAAAACCGUUAUGUUACACUCGAAAGGCGAUCUACAGGAGGCGAUAAAUGUGGCACGACAAAAUGUGGCAAAAGUGAAGAAUUCCAAAGAUCUGAGAUUGAAAAUUCGGAAAUUCAAUAGCCUGGAACAUGUUGCUGCAUCAAUGUUGCGAGAAUGUCAAACAGCUGCCCAGAUACAUAGCCUUGAAAAUAUCGAUGCAAUGAUAAACAGGCGUCUUGCUUACAUCGAUCAACUCAAGGCUCUGUCAGCAGCGCGUCGUGAGUUCCAUCACGCUGGCGUUCCUCUUCUGGAAAAGGCGGCGAUUGCCGAAGCAGCAAAACUCUACAAUAGCUACAAUCGAAUUACGGAACGGGACGAAUGCGCCACGUCUAGUAAUAUAGCAACAAUUCAAUUACCCGAUUGGACAGGAGAAGGAACAGACGAUUCGUUCAAGACUGGGCAUGACCGGAAACGGAGUAUGCAAUCGUUGGGAGGCAGCAGAGGAGCGGUCGAGACUUUGUGGUGA